ACCGCGGGCGUCGCGCCGAGUGCGCCUGCGCGGAAGCUCCCGGAAGUGGCUGGACCCAAAGCGCAGGCCGGGCGCACGUCCGUCAGCCAGUCCAGUCCGCCGGUGGGCCGGUCCGUCGUCCCGGUACUCCGCGCGCCUCGGCUCUUGUCGCCGUCCCGCGGUCUCUUCGGCCCUAAGGGCGGCCGAGGCGCUCGCCAUGGCGACGUUCAUUUCAGUACAGCAGAAAAAGACCUCGGAGGUGGACCUGGCCAAGCCGCUGGUGAAGUUCAUCCAGCAGACGUACCCGAGCGGCGGGGAGGAGCAGGCCCAGUACUGCCGCGCGGCGGAGGAGCUCAGCAAACUGCGCCGCGCCGCGCUCGGCCGCCCGCUGGAUAAACACGAGGGCGCGCUCGAGACGCUCCUGAGAUAUUAUGAUCAGAUCUGUUCCAUUGAACCCAAAUUCCCAUUUUCUGAAAACCAGAUCUGCUUGACAUUUACCUGGAAGGAUGCUUUUGAUAAAGGUUCACUUUUUGGAGGAUCUGUAAAAUUAGCUCUUGCAAGCUUAGGAUAUGAAAAGAGCUGUGUGUUGUUCAAUUGUGCAGCCUUAGCUAGCCAGAUUGCAGCAGAACAGAACCUGGAUAAUGAUGAAGGAUUGAAAAUCGCUGCUAAGCAUUACCAGUUUGCUAGUGGUGCCUUUUUACAUAUCAAAGAGACUGUUUUGUCUGCCUUGAGUCGAGAGCCUACUGUGGACAUAUCUCCAGAUACUGUUGGGACCCUCAGUCUUAUCAUGCUGGCACAGGCCCAAGAAGUAUUUUUUUUAAAAGCUACAAGAGAUAAAAUGAAAGAUGCCAUCAUAGCCAAAUUGGCUAAUCAGGCUGCAGAUUAUUUUGGUGAUGCUUUUAAACAGUGUCAGUACAAAGAUACUCUUCCCAAGGAGGUGUUUCCUGUCUUGGCUGCAAAGCACUGUAUCAUGCAGGCCAAUGCUGAGUACCACCAGUCAAUCCUGGCAAAACAGCAAAAGAAAUUUGGAGAAGAGAUUGCAAGGUUACAGCAUGCAGCUGAAUUGAUUAAAACUGUGGCAUCUCGCUAUGAUGAAUAUGUCAAUGUGAAGGAUUUUUCUGACAAAAUCAGCCGUGCCCUUACUGCAGCAAAGAAGGAUAAUGACUUCAUUUAUCAUGAUCGAGUUCCAGACCUUAAAGAUCUAGACCCUAUUGGCAAAGCCACACUUGUGAAAUCUACCCCAGUCAAUGUACCCAUCAGCCAGAAAUUCACUGAUCUGUUUGAGAAGAUGGUUCCUGUGUCAGUGCAGCAGUCAUUGGCUGCCUAUAAUCAGAGAAAAGCUGAUUUAGUUAACAGAUCGAUUGCUCAAAUGAGAGAAGCCACCACUUUGGCAAAUGGGGUGUUAGCUUCCCUUAAUCUUCCAGCAGCAAUUGAAGAUAUAUCUGGAGAUACUGUACCUCAGUCUAUAUUGAACAAGUCCACAUCUGUAAUUGAACAAGGAGGCAUCCAGACUGUUGAUCAAUUGAUUAAAGAGCUCCCUGAGCUUCUGCAAAGAAAUAGAGAAAUCCUUGAUGAGUCAUUAAGAUUGCUGGAUGAAGAAGAAGCAACUGACAAUGAUUUAAGAGCAAAAUUCAAGGAACGCUGGCAAAGGACACCAUCCAAUGAACUCUAUAGGCCUUUGAGAGCAGAGGGAACCAACUUCAGAACUGUUUUGGAUAAAGCUGUGCACGCAGAUGGACAGGUAAAAGACCGUUACCAGGCUCACCGGGACACCAUCGCGCUCCUGUGUAAGCCAGAGCCAGAGCUGAAUGCUGCCAUCCCUUCAGCAAAUCCGGCAAAGACCAUGCAGGGCAGUGAGGUUGUAAGUGUCUUAAAAUCCUUAUUGACAAAUCUUGAUGAAGUAAAGAAGGAAAGAGAAGGGCUGGAGAAUGACCUGAAAUCAGUGAAUUUUGACAUGACGAGCAAAUUUUUGACUGCUCUGGCUCAAGAUGGUGUGAUAAAUGAAGAAGCUAUUUCUGUUACUGAACUGGAUCGAAUCUAUGGAGGUCUUACAACUAAAGUCCAAGAAUCUCUAAAGAAACAGGAAGAACUUCUUAAAAAUAUUCAGGUCUCACACCAGGAAUUUUCAAAAAUGAAACAAUCUAACAGUGAAGCCAACUUAAGAGAAGAAGUUUUGAAGAACUUAGCUACUGCAUAUGACAACUUUGUUGAACUUGUAGCUAAUUUGAAGGAGGGCACAAAGUUUUACAAUGAACUGACUGAAAUGCUCGUCAGGUUCCAGAACAAAUGCAGUGAUAUAGUGUUUGCACGGAAGACAGAAAGAGAUGAACUCUUAAAGGACUUGCAACAAAGCAUUGCCAGAGAACCCAGUGCACCUUCAAUUCCUACCCCGGCCUAUCAGUCCUCUCCAGCAGGGGGACACACGCCAACUCCUCCGACUCCAGCACCGAGAACCAUGCCGCCUACUAAGCCCCAGCCCCCAGCCCGGCCUCCACCUCCUGUGCUUCCAGCAAAUCGAGCUCCUCCUGCUACUGCUCCAGCCCCAGCCCAAGCUCCAGCUCCAGCUCCAGCCCCAGCAGGCACUGGGACCACUGCACCAGCUCCAUCACAGACUCCUGGUUCAGCUCCCCCUCCACAGGCCCAGGGACCCCCGUACCCCACCUAUCCAGGGUAUCCUGGGUAUUGCCAAAUGCCCAUGCCCAUGGGCUAUAAUCCAUACGCAUACGGCCAGUAUAACAUGCCAUAUCCACCAGUGUAUCACCAGAGCCCUGGACAGGCUCCUUACCCAGGACCCCAGCAGCCUUCAUACCCUUUCCCUCAGCCCCCACAGCAGUCUUACUAUCCACAGCAGUAAUAUGUCAGCUCAGAAGCUCAGCUGGUUCAGUUCAAAGGGAAAGAAAUACCAUCCCUGCAAUAAAUGUACUAAACUCUACGCUCUGGUUAAUAUAACAUACUCUACUAUACCGAAUGCAGUGUAUAAUUUCUGUCUGCGGCUAAAAGCUGUGCCCCAGUUCCACAUUUGAUUGCACAUGUGAGAUUUGCUGCUGUUGCAGUGUAAACACUAGGUAUAAUAGGAUUUGAAAUAAAUUACACUAUGGUUCAUAAAAGUUGAAAAUGAGAAAUUAAACCCACACUUGAAAUGUUUGAAAUUAUUAUGUCUGCAUAAGACAUGAUUGGAAAAUCAGUUACUUACAAUGAUGGUUUAAGUACUGAUAUUCAAGAAAACUCAGUUUUCUUUCUCUUUUUUGGUUUAUUGAUUUGGUCUAAUUUUCAUUAUGCUAUUUUGCAUAAUCAAAACAUUGUAAAUCUUAUAAUUUAAAAAUAAAUUCCUUAAGAACAGUUGUCAUUGUUAUGUUUUGUCAUUGAUUCUCAUUACUGUCUAAUUUCUUUCUGAUAUUAGUCUCUCAUUUUAUAUGUACAUAAGUUGAACAGAUACCGUGUUAAGUGCAUGAUUAGUACAAGUUAAUAGGUUCAAGUACAUUUUAUAGGCAAACCAAAAGAAUAAUACCGUAAUUUAUCUUUCAUAUGCUGAUGAGUAAUUUUGACAUUUAUUUUGAAAAAUCCUAUAAUGUGGAAUAAACACAAUUGCUACCAAAGAUUCUUCAAAUAAAUAUGUGUAUUUAAUGUUUUAUUAUUAGCUUCUCCAAGAAAUGGAUACAAAUUCUGGUAAUAUUUUUUUUUCUUUUUUCAUGACCUGGUUAAAAUAAAUACAUGUCACUAAUAAUGUAAUGGAAUUUGUUUGAAGAAAAUUUACUGUACCCUUCAAUUCCUUUUUCUCACCUUAAUGUCCUAGCCUAGUAACAUUUAAUGCACAAUGUGUAUGAAUAGAUGUAAACCCUUUCAUUUUUAUGCUCCGAAAAGAUCAGACUAUUUUAUAAUUCAGGGAGUGCACAAAACAGUUGUUGGGAGCACAUGCCAAUUCUGGAAUAGGCUGUGUAUUUAAUACUAGUCUCUGCUGUUAGGAUAACUCAUCACUGUAUAAACUUCAGUGAGGCUUGCCUAGUGGAAUGCAUAGAUAUGCAUCAUGGAAUGAGAAGAGAAAGGAAUGAGUUGCCUGAUGUCACAGUCAGAUCUGUGCUGUGUGAGGUUCAUUUCUGAAUACACCAGAGCAGAUUUCCAAUGAAUCUGUUUAUUUUUCCCAUUUUAACACUGACCUUUCCUUGCCAUGUUGUUUCCUUUAAAUAAUAUACUGUUAGUUGGUCUGCUUCUGUUUUCAUUUUGACAGUUUGGGUUUAUCUUUUAAAUGUUGGACUGAAGGUGUGAUUGUAAAGGGAGUGAAUUGGUUUAAAAUAUAUGUAUACUUUAAAAAAUCUUUGUUGUUAUAUGUAGAAAACUUGAAGGCAUGCUACUUCAAUAUAAAUAACUUUUACAUAGAAUACAGAAAUUGGUUUAAAGUUGAGUAGUUAAAACCUUGGUAAACUAUUUUUACAUAUUAUAGCUAAGUUUUAUUAAUGUGGAAACAUCAGAGUGUGACAUGGGCUUGUUUGACUCUUGUGUAAAUGGCAUUUAAAUUCCUCAUUCGUAUCACUCAAGGUAUUAUUAGUAACAUGAGAUACUCAGUGAGAUUAGGGGCAUUCUAAAUUGCCAGUUUAUAAUUCUCACUAAUGCAGAAAAAAACAAAAAACAAAAGUGGCCUGAAUAUUCUCUUGGGGAAAGAAGACACCAAAGAAAAGAGUAAGUGCAUCUGAGGGCCAAGAGAGGUUACCAGGCCAUUUGGCCCAUUGCCUGUGCUGAGCUAGGCCUCCUCUCAGAGAAUCAUGGGAAGGUUGGACAGAAUCUUUAGGGAAGGAGUCUCCCCAGGCGCCAGGGCCACCUCCCCAGCACACCCAACUUGCUCAACUCGUUAGCAAACCCAGGCCCAUUCCCUCUUGUCAGUUCAUUCAUCCUUUGAUGAGUUGUUUGGGGAUGCCCUCUUGGUCACCUGUGUUUAGGUACAGAUGACCAAAUUCAUGCAGCUUGAUUGCCGACUCUGUCUUCAGAGGGCCAUCUCAUUUCAUUAAGGUGGCUCAUGGAAAGAAGUUUCUCUUGGGUCUAUUUUGCAUUCUGGCAAACAAGAAGGAAGCCCUCACUGGGAUUAUUUUUGUCACCAAACUUUUAUUCCUUUGCUUAACUUUUUAUAUUCCACAAAAUACCCUAAAAAGUCGUUAUGUGUAAUGUGUAAUGCUUUGCAUUUAGAGGUAUGAGAGUGUCACUCUGGCUCAGGUGUAUUGUAAUAAUGUUUAUAAUUAGGCUUUUAGAUUAUCUUCCUAAGCUAAAGAAAGGACACUAUUCUUAUGUUUAUUUAUGUUGGGCUUUGGAAUACUAUUUUGAAAUGACCUAUACUUGAAGUGAUGAAGCUCUGUGUAGAUGAGCUGGUCUGAAGUGGGGGAAAAAAAACUAACUUCUUUUAUUUCUUAUUCCUAGUUGGAGACAGUUGGCUUGACUUCUCUGUCUGGUGUAACGUACUGGUCUACUCCUGUGCCCCUUGGUCUUUGUUCUCAUUUAAGAAAAAUAGUCAUAUGUCACUGUGUACCCAACUUCUUUGCAAUUUAUAAUCUCCUCCUCCCCAAAUCUAAGUAAUCACAGAAAAGAAGAUUUCACAGAGCCGUCUGUCCCUGAUUUUCUAUCCCAGUCAGCAGCCUUUCUGGUCAAAGCAGAUUUAAAAAAUGUUUUCCAUUAGAGCUUUACAGUUUGCAAAAGUGCUUUGUGGACGUUUUCUAAACAUGGCAAAAUACAGUUUGUUAAUUAGGUUUCAAUUGGCUAAUGGGGAAUUUUUCUUUUUUUUAAUGAUCCAGUAUAUCUUGGAAGAAUCUUGCUGCAACCCAAUGGCAUCUCCCCCCCUCCCCUUUGGACACUUCUGCAAUUAUUAGUUGAUUCACAGUACAAAACAGGAUACAAAGUAGGAGGAAAACAGUGCUAUAGCAUUAUAAUUACUAGUUAAAAAUAGACUUUAGAACUAAGUGGUUGAUUAUAAGAUUUACAUGGAAAGCAAAGAAGGAAAAAUUAUAUUUUUAAAGAAAAAGAGAAUAUUCAGGCUUUAUUUCUGGUAUGAAGUUUAUAUUUUUAAAAAAAUCCUAUAUUAUCACACCAGAGAUUUUAGAUUUCUUUUCUGGUUACAAGCAUUGCUGGUAGUUGGAUUAUAUUUUUAUUGUAUUCAUUUCUCUUAGGGGGAAAAUUGUAAAGAAAACAAAAGGUUCCAGAUGAAAUGUAUCCUAGAAAUAAAAGUUGAAAGAUUCUUA